GUCAAAACUACAAUUGAGGUUAGGAUUACCGUCAAAAUUUCAAAAAAAAAAUACAAAUUGGCAAAAAAUGGAUUUAUUUUUAUAAUAUUUAAUUGUUAUUAUACAUAUUACUUAUAAACUCAGGACCCAACUCUACUCCACACUAAUAGAUGUCUGAUAUCUCAACAAAGCGACAAAAUGACCACAAGCAACAACAUUUCAAUGAUAAAAGUCCCCUUUUGCGCAGUUCCUCUUCACCACAAAUGGAUAACAUACCACAAAAAAGCAUAUUAUCAGGAAAGGGCAGGCACAAACAUACAAUCCACCAUUGGAACACCAUAGCAAAUCCUAUGGAUAUUGUAAAUAGUAGAGAUAAGAAUAAUGUGUACUUCAAAAAUAAUUCUUUCGAACCCAACUGUGAUACUUCCAAUGUAAGUAAUGAUAUAUCUGCUAUGUCCGUUGUAGAUUUAUAUAGAAGUGGAGAAAAUUUAGAUGAAGUUAUGGAUACAAAUAGAGACUUUAUAGAGAGAGAAAUAAAACAUUCAGUUCCACACAUAAUAAUUAAACAAAAUUCAGGCCAGGGUGUUGGUUUGGAUUUUAACAUUGGAGAUAAUAAUAUGCCUCAAGAAAUUAAUGAAAAAGAACAAAAUAAUGUGAAAUUUACUAGUGAAACUGCGCAAAUGCCCAAUUCUUGCUGUGAAACUAUAGGGAAAAAAUGCCCUAGACCCACCAUAUUUUUUUCAGAUGGCGUUAGAUCUGUGGAUUUUGUCCUGGUAUGGGAUGCAUCAGAUGAAAACCCAAAUAGCCCCCUAGCAAUGGAAAAAGCUCAAAAACGCAAAUGUUUCGAGAAAAACUUAGAGGCAGAAGGUUUAGAGCUUGAAUAUGAGCCUCCAGAGCCGAAUGGAUUGAAUUUCAUUAAGAUUCAUGCUCCAAAGGAGGUGCUUAGAAGAUAUAGUGAAAUUUUAAAACUGAGAAUGCCUAUGAAGGAGGAGUUGUGUAGGUAUUCCAAAGAAUACAGACUGAAUAUUUUUGGUAACGCCAGUUCCUAUUUAAAAUCGAAGGUGCCCGCCUUGCGUCAGGUGUCGCGCCAAACCAACUUUUUAAUAGACGGAAUUGCAGACAAAUGGGCCAAAAUUAAAGAAUCGGUUUUUCUCGACAAGGAAAAAUUUCCGGAGAAAACUUAUCAACGAUUUACCGCCAUUUAUAGUAGAGAUAGAGAAUAUUUGUUUGAUACCGAUUCGCCUUGUUUUUUUACACCAGCAAUCCACUCUAGGAUCGUGCAAUUCAUCCUUGAUAGGAAACGUUUUAGUGACAAUACCAAAAACGAUUUCGAUUUUGGCAUAGAGAGACUGAUAAGCGAUGAGGUGUAUAUUGCUGCUUAUCCUUUACACGAUGGUGAUUUGAAUACAGAAGGUUCAAUACGAAACCUACUUUACACGGAAUGGGUUCCAUUAAGCAAAUGGUAUAAGUACCAACCUUUGGAUACUGUAAAGGAAUAUUUUGGGGUUAAAAUUGCACUGUACUUUGCUUGGCUGGGUUACUACACCCAUAUUUUGAUUGCUCCCGCUUUAGUUGGUCUGAUUUGUUUUAUUUACGCUCUUUCGACAUUGUAUAACCACCAACCAAGUAAUGAUAUUUGCAACUCAAACCUAGAAGAAAAAAUGUGCCCUCUAUGCGACGACUGGUGCAACUAUUGGGACUUGAAGGAAACCUGCGUGCAUUCCCGAAUAACGUACUUAUUCGACAACCCGACUACUGUUUUCUUUGCUAUUUUCAUGUCUCUUUGGGCCACAACGUUCUUGGAAAUGUGGAAACGUUAUUCGGCAGAAAUAACUCACCGGUGGGAUCUGACCGGGUUCGACCUGCAAGAGGAACAUCCGAGGCCGAAAUACCUCGCCAAACUGUCGCACAUUAAAAACGUGAAAAAAUCGGUGAAUAUGGUGACGAACACCAUGGAACCCCGAGUGCCUUUUUGGAAAACCAGAGUGCCUUAUACUAUUUUCAGUUUUUCAGUGGUGCUGCUUUUGGUCUGUAUGGCCUUAGCGACCGUUUUAGGAGUGGUCCUUUACCGGAUGUCCGUGUUGGCCGCCUUGAAAGUUCAAUCGGGCAAAAUGGACAACAGUCACGCCAUUUUGUUUUCUACUGUUACCGCUGCAUCGAUAAAUUUAGUCGCUAUUUUAAUUUUUAAUCAGAUUUACAAUUAUGUGGCUGAAUACCUCACGGAAUUUGAACUGUUGCGCACCCAAACAGAAUUCGAUGACUCUUUGACCUUGAAAAUUUACCUUCUACAGUUCGUCAAUUAUUACGCCUCGAUUUUUUAUAUCGCGUUUUUUAAGGGUAAGUUUAUUGGGUCUCCCAGGCAUUACAACCGGAUUUUCGGGUAUCGACAAGAAGAGUGCGGACCAGGAGGGUGUUUGCUAGAAUUAUGCAUCCAACUUGCGGUCAUUAUGAUCGGAAAACAGGCUAUGAAUACCGUUCUGGAGAUGUGUUUUCCGUUGUUUUACAAGUGGCUGAAUACACUGAAGGUGAAAACCGGCCUAUCCAAGACCCAAUCGCGCAAAGGUGAUCUGCCCCAAUGGGUCAAAGAUUAUAAAUUGGUAGAAUGGGGCCCCAGAAGUCUGUUUCCCGAAUACCUCGAAAUGGUUCUCCAAUAUGGAUUCGUAACGAUUUUCGUGGCGGCUUUUCCCUUGGCACCCCUAUUCGCCCUGCUAAAUAACAUUUUGGAAAUGAGACUGGACGCCAAAAAACUGCUCACCAUGUACCGAAGACCCGUAUCACAACGUGUGAGGGACAUUGGGGUUUGGUAUCGGAUUUUGGACUCGGUUGGUAAACUUUCCGUUGUGACAAACGGAUUUAUAAUAGCUUUUACGUCAGACUAUAUUCCACGAUUGGUCUACCGAUUAUCUGUGAGCUCGGAAGGUACUUUAGACGGUUAUUUAAACAAUUCCUUAUCGUAUUUUAACACGUCCGACUUUGAUGGGGAAUCGAGGCCGAGAAACGCCAGUUCCGAAUCCAUUUGCAGGUAUCCGGAUUACAGAAAUCCCCCUUGGAGUCCGGAAAAGUACGACCGUAACGCUCUCUACUGGCACAUCUUGGCGGCGAAACUGAUUUUUGUGGUCAUUUUCGAAAAUUUGGUGGUUCUGGUCAUGAUUAUUGUCAAGUGGUGCAUCCCGGACAUGCCGGGCGAAUUGAGAGAUAAAAUACGCAGGGAGGCGUAUAUUACUAACGAAAUUAUAAUUAAGGAGGAGAGUAGGAGGGCGAGGUGCAGUGAAAUGCAACACACACACUCUGAAUCUACAGUAAAGCGUAAAGAAAAAUUACGCAAUAUAGAGGAGGCCCCAGCAACUCCCGAGCAAUGGGACUUACUGAUUAGCAAAUCUUUGUCUCAAAGUGAUUUUGAUUUAAUUGUUCAUGGGGACGAGCAGCAAACAAACAGCAAAGUUAGAGAGGAAUCAAGUAGUCCCAACUCAAUAUAAUUAAGUUCCUGUAACUUAAGAGAAUGAAUGUAUAAAAAAAUGUAUGCCAUGACAUUUUAGAUCUGAUUAUAAUAAAAUACUCCUUUGCUUUUUAAGAAAUGUGAUUAUCGAUUAAUGUACUUAUUUUUGUGCUUAAAGAAAUUGUACCUUAUCCAAAGUUACUGUACAUAACCCUUGUGAUAAAAAAAAAUGCUUCCUAAUAAUAGUCGAAUAUUUUUUUUGUUAUUCAACUUUCUCAAGUCUACUAAAUGUUAUCCAUAUAAAUGUUUAUCUAGUCUUUCUGUUACCAGUGCAAUGUUUUGUUUUUGCAAUAAAAGAAGUGCUAAUUUUUA